AUGAAUCUUUAUUAUUUGCUUCCCUGUAGAAUUUCGUAUGAUCCCACAAGAUAUCCUAAAUACAUUCCUGAAGCAUAUUGUCUGUGCAAAGGCUGCCUCAUGGGGAUCUUUGGAGAGGAAAAUUUUCACUUCCGCAGCACCCCUGUGUACAUGCCAACAGUCAUCCUCCGUCGCACGUCCUCAUGUGCUGGGGGCCGUUACGUCUACACAGAAGAUUACGUCACUAUCCCAGUGGGCUGCACUUGUGUACCUGAGCAAGAAAAAGAGGCCGAAAGCGUCAAUUCCAGCAUAGAUAAGCAAGAAAUGAAGCUGCUGGUAAGCCAGAACAAGCCGUCAUCAGAAUGA